CUCGCGCUUUAAUUCUUCUGUUAUUCUCAAGUUGUUGCGCGUUCUUCUUAAAACACCCGAGCCUGCGCGCGCUCAGGUGCGCUCGUGCACGUCGCUUGGAGGCGGUUUACCUGAGGUCAGGCUGAACCCAGUGUCUCCUGUGCGCGUGCGUGUGUACAAUAGUUGCAUUGCUGGAUGAUAAAGUUGAUGGAGCAGGUUGUCUUUGUUUCUACUGGUUGACGGCCAGACGGCGACCACAAUGGAGCCGAAGCCGUGCAUCGAGUACCACGACCUAGAGGCCGCAGAGGCGCUCGUCAGCAUGAGCUUCUGGGGUCAAAGGUCGCACAAGCCCCGCCCACUGACCCCCACCUCCGACUCCUGUGACUCCAUCCAUCUCCACCAGGAGGGGGGGGAUGUGAUUGCCCUGUCGUCAUUGUGUAUGACUCCGCCUCACAGUCCCAGCUUCGCUGAGGCCUCCACUACCUCCACCCUAAGUCCCGCCUCCAGCCCGGCGCUGCCCCGCCCUAUCCCUGGCGCAGGCCCCGCCCUCCUCCUCAGUGACUCCUACACCUGCCCUCCUCCACCUUUCACUCCCCCCCCUCCCCUCGCCGCGGAGACCUCAGCACCUCCGCCCCAGGCGCAGUCGUCCCACGUGGCCCUGCCCGGCAGAGCGAUGGUCACCAGCGUCAUCCGCCACACCGGCGACAGUCUCUGCAUCCCCCUGCCCGCCGCCAGGCCGGCGGAAGCGUCCACGCUGCCUCAGUUGGUGACGCCAGAGUCUCUUCCAGAGGACAAGGUGGCUCCUCUGCCCUCCCCCCCUCGCUCCUCCUCCUGCUCCCCUCCGGUCCUCUGCCAGGUUUUCCCGGUGAGCAGCAGGACGGGUGUGAUCUCGGCCUUCGUGCAGGCGCCGGUUCAGGUGCAGACUCAGGGGGGGCCCCUGCCGCAGGGCACCGUGAUGUUCGUGGUGCCCCAGGCGUCCGUGUCCCAGGCGCCGCAGGGCACGCAGACUGUCGUGACGCUGGGCAACACUAAGCUCCUCCCCCUGGCACCGGCGCCCGUUUACAUGCCAACGGCAGCGAGCGGCUGCGGUGCCUCGCAGGCCGACUUCUCCCGCAGACGGAACUACGUCUGCAACUUCCCCGGCUGCAAGAAAACGUACUUCAAGAGCUCCCACCUGAAGGCUCACCUGCGCACGCACACAGGCGAGAAGCCGUUCAGCUGCCACUGGGACGGCUGCGACAAGAAGUUCGCCCGCUCCGACGAGCUUUCCCGCCACCGGCGCACGCACACCGGCGAGAAGAAGUUUGUCUGCAACGUGUGCGACCGCCGGUUCAUGCGCAGCGACCACCUGACCAAACACGCCCGGCGGCAUAUCACCGCCAAGAGGGCGUCGGCUUGGCCCGCCGAGACCCGGGACCCGGGACAUCCACAGAGGGGCCCUGCCCAAGGGCCGGAGCGGGGGCCUCAAGGGCUACUUCCCGUCGGCGUGCUGGUAGCCCCCGCCAACUGAUGGGCUCGGUCCUCCCCGCCCUACGGGGGCGACCCAGGACCCCCGAGGGCUGGGCUUAAAAUGUGACUGUCAAUCAACUCCACAUCCGGAGGAUCAUUUUUUACAAAUCAACUCUGCUGGGGAACAAUGGUCGCUUAGCUCUGGCUGCGUCAACGUUAGCUUCAUUUACAACGUGAGGCAUCAGAUAAAAACUCUACGGACACAGCAGCGCCUCCCAGAGGCUGAAAACACUCAUCACGUUCCAAGAGGGUCUUAAAAAAGAUUAAAGGAAAGGGGGCGCUAGAGGAAGGUUGUGUUAUCCAAAUUAAUACCGUUAUCCUCUGUGAGUACGACAUGUUUGCUGUACUUUGAGCUGAAUGCUAACGUUAGCAUAUUAGCGUGAAAUGUUAACGUGUCAUGCUACAUCAACCUUAGCAGGUUAGCCAACUUUAACAUGCUGAUAUCUGUACCGUUAGCAUGCUAACAGUAGCAAUUAGCUCAAUUCAAUGGUUUAACAGUCACCCUGUUAAAAUGUUAUAGUUCAGCUUUUGUUUGACCAACUCAACUGAGACGUUUCCACAUUUUAAUUUUUUUUUAGUUAUAGUAAUAAGCGUUAAUUUCCCCACCAAGAAAACACGUGAACUCGAGAUGAGGAGGACAAGGGUCCAUGUCCAGAUGGUCCCAGGUAACGUAGACGAAGGACCGAGCGAGUUUCCCAUUGAGCUCAGGAAAUUUUAUUCUAAAACCAACUCACCGGAGGAGGAAGGAGGUGUCAAGCUGCUACUCAUCCAGGACAGGAUCCAACUGGAUCCAACUAGAACUAACUGGAUCCAACAAGAUCCAACUGAAACCAACAGGAUGCACUGGAAUAUAGUUUUUUUUUUAUUUAGCUUGUUUUUGACCCCCACCCCCCCGUCGAGUACCAUCAUGUUUACUUCAUGUGUAAAUGUCAUGUUUGCUCUUAUUUUAUCCGCUGCCAAAGCCUCCGCCUCGUGCUCCUGUUCGUCUGUGACUGUAAAUACUGUACAUAUGGUAUCUAUAUGAAUGUUAACAUGUAUUCCAACAGUACGAGUUAUUGAUAUUUUAGGGGAUGUCAGUAGACAGUAUUCCUCACUGUGAUGCUACCUUUGCUUUACACCGUAUAAUUAUUAUUUAAUAAACAUUUUACAUAUCGUA